AUGCCGUUGGCCAACGACCAUCACCACGACACAACUCGACCGAUCUCGCCCACAGCCUCUCCCACUUCCCUCUGCGGUGGCACUCGCCGCUCCUUCUUCUCUUCUGUCGAGCCUGCAUCGUCGUCGUCGUUGUUGUUGUCGCCUCUUUCUGCUACCUUUGCCACAGGCCCUGGUGCUCCUGGGUUUCCCUCUUCGCCAAUUACGGCGCACUCGUCCGCUUGGCCAACAUCUCCCCUGCCAGACAAGCACCACCUCUCCGCCUCAUUACCGCCAUCCUCUGGCCCGCCUGCUUCCUCGCCUCGCACCGACGUCCGCAUCCACUCUUUCGCCCUCGAUCACCCACACGAUAACGUCUGCCGAUCCGAUUUUGCUGUAAACACCCACGUUCGCAACGACGACAUCAGCAGCAAGAGGCAGAACAGACGCUCUCACCACCUGGCCGGAGACGACUGGUCUUCUGCAGUCGGUCGGUAUGGUUUGACCACAACGCCGACACCUCGCGACACUCUUUUCUCCACCUUCCCCCACGCGUCCACGACGUGGCCGCCGACAACCGCCUGGUCGACGCAUACGAAGCCUCAGCAGCCCUCCCGAAGACCCAACCCGCUGCCAGUAAAGCGGCCGUCCGAAGAGGAUACAGCACGGUCUGGCGCAAAGUCGUCACCACUGAAGAAACCCCGCACUCGUCUGCUGCCGCCGCGCGCCAUCGAUCUCUCCGGAGUCCCCAGGACACCGACAGCCGCCGCAGCUCUUGCACUGCUGAAGAGCGAGGGCGUCACUUCACCCUUGUUCUUCUCAAACUCGCCCAAACCCAUGUCGAGCCGUGCCCCGUUUCUUCCGCCCACAGACGCGGCCGCGGCGCUCCUGGCUCGCCUCCGCGAGGAGAAUGAUGUCCGCACCGUCAGGCUGCCCCGUGGCCAUGUCAGCUCCGCGAGCCCGGCCCGCUCCGGGAGUACAUCUGGAAGCGGCAGCUGGUCCUCCAUCGAGCCCGGAGGCAGUUCUUCGAGAAGCCCCAGCAGCCAGUAUCUACCCCCCGGCCUGCAGCUGCUCAAUGGCUGCGGCGUCAUAGAGCUGCUCGAACAAGACGAGCGGCCGACUUUUAUCAUCGACCUCGCCAACCCUGUCAAUGGCAACAAUCUCUCGCUGCACUUAAUCUACGCCAAUGCCUCUCUCCGAGCCUCCAGCGGCGUCCUUGAGCUUCUCUCUCUCGACGGCGAGAAGGCUGAAAAGGAUCAGAACUACACCAAUUUCAAGGCAUGGGUGAUGAGCCACACGAAAAACAACGAAGGCAUGGACGUCUGCCUUUCCUCACAUCUAUAUGGUAAUAUAAACUGGACAUGUUCGACGUUGCGCAAGAGGUUUCGUUUCGUCAGUGGCAACACUAGUGCCGUGUCGCUGAUGCCCUCCUCGCCUGGCACGGCCAAGGAGGCGCAAGUGCUCGAAGAGCGCACCAGAGGCCCGACGCCCACCUCGACCGCCUCUGACACACCGCUAGCCAAUGAACCCGACUAUUUCGGUGUCGAGUUGCAACCAGAGAUGCCCAUGGAGUUGGUUCCGACCGGCGACAGCGCCAUGCAAAACGGUGUCGACGAGUGCCUUGAGGAGAGGCACCAUAGCGACGAAUUUACGCAGCACGUCUUCAAAGCAGGUCUCCUUCGACCCUCGUUUGACUGGACGCGAAUCACUAUAACACCGGAAAUCAGUGAACAUAUUCUCUUUGCCCGCAAUACCGACUGGGGCGCCACGUCGCUCGGUCCGAUAGAGUAUUGGAGCGCCGAUCUCAGGGCCAUGGCCAACAUGGUCAUGGGUAGCCCGCAUCCAGCGGCCCUAUAUUGGGGUCCUGAAUUCGUCACUAUUUACAACGAGGCCUACAUUGAGCUCGCCGGCCAGAAGCACCCCUCUCUUAUGGGCAUGCGCUAUGCCGAUGCGUGGAGCGAAAUUUGGGAUGACCUGCAACCCAUCAUGCAGAGCGCGUGGGAUUCCGGCCAGUCCACUCUCAAGAAUGACAAUCAACUCUUCAUCGAUCGUCAUGGCUUCACCGAAGAGGCCUUCUUUUCAUGGUCGCUCGUGCCCCUUGUCGGCAGCGAUGGUGAGGUCGUCGGAAUCUACAACCCGGCCUUUGAGAACACCAGGCGCAAGGUGAAUGAACGCCGCAUGCUCACGCUGCGCGAGGUAGGCGAGAAGACGGCAGCAGCCCGUGACGUUCGAAGCUUCUGGCCACGUGUACGUGAAGGCCUCGAAUACAACGACAUUGACAUCCCGUUUGCCUUGAUUUACUCAGUCAAGGACGACAGCGAAAGCGAAAUGUCUUCGAUGCAUUCGGGCAGUGUCGCGCAUCCCCCGCUACUUCAAUUGGAGGGUGCCAUUGGCGUCAACGAGGACCACCCUGCCGCCAUUCCCGAUCUCAACCUGAGAGCCUCGGACGAAGGUUUCGCUCCCUAUAUGCGACAAUCGAUGUCGAUGCACGGCACGCCCGUCGUUCUCUCAGCGGAGGCAGGUACCCUGCCGCUUGACCUCAUUGACGGUAUCUCGUGGCGAGGAUUCGGGGACGCGUCGAGGACGGUAGUCGUCCUGCCUGUACACCCAACAACGGCAGGUGACUCGGUGGUGGGCUUCAUUGUGAUGGGCACCAACCCCCGCCGCCCCUACGACGACGACUAUCAGCUUUUCAUCCACCUGCUCUCCCGACAGCUUGCAACCUCGCUGGCCUCUGUUGUCCUUUUCGAAGAAGAGAUUAAGCGAGGGCAGCGCGCUGCCAGACUCGCCGCGCUUGACCGCGAGGAGCUACGCACUGAGCUCAUCCUGCGAACGCAAGAAGCUGUCGAGAGCGAGUACAAAUUCACGCGGAUGGCCGAGUUUGCCCCUGUCGGCAUGUUCAUCGCCAACGGCGCGGGCCAGUUCAAUUUCGCCAACGACACGUGGUGGCAGAUUUCACGACACCCCCGUGGAGAAGACAGUACGGACACCUGGAUGCAGAGCAUUCGAGAUGAGGACCGUGCCGGCGUAGAAAUGGUGUGGCAGGCGCUUCUCACAGACAAGGUCGCCAUUACGCAUGAAUUCAGAUUCAAGUGUAGCCGCCAAAACGGCGACAACACCAUCGACACGUGGGUGUUGAUGAGUGCCUUCCCCGAACGAGACGAAGAAGGCAACCUCAAGAGCAUUUUCGGCUGCAUCACAGACAUCUCGUCGCAGAAGUGGGCCGAGGCCUUCCAGAUGCAGCGCAGAGAAGAAGCCGUCGAGCUCAAGCGCCAACAGGAGAACUUCAUUGAUAUCACGAGCCACGAGAUGCGCAACCCUCUUAGUGCCAUCUUGCAAUGUGCUGAUGAGAUUGCAAACACGACGGCCCGCUAUCGUGAGCAUCCAGAUGCUCAACCUGUACAGACGCUCCUCGAUGUCUGCACUGAAGCGGCGAACACGAUCAAUCUCUGCGCCAGUCACCAGCACCGCAUCGUCGACGACAUCCUGACACUUUCCAAAUUAGAUUCGCAGCUUCUUCUCGUUACGCCGGUCGACGCGCACCCUGUCAAUAUCGUCGAGAACGUCCUCAAAAUGUUUGAGGCCGAGGUUCAGGCGCACGACAUUGAGCUCCAGUUCAGUACGCUGUCCGCCUACACCGACUACGGCAUUGAUUGGGUCAGGCUUGACCCUUCACGACUACGACAAGUACUGAUCAACUUAAUGACUAAUGCUAUAAAAUUCACACAAAACCGCCAAGAGCGCCGCAUUUCCAUAACCUUGACGGCGUCUCGAGACCUUUCCGAGGUUAAGGAAAACUCGUUGUACUUCCCCAGCCGCAGGAGUGAUCUUCGCAACCUGACUAGCGACAAGGACUGGGGCGAUGGCGACGAGAUGAACCUGCACUUCUCUGUCCAAGAUACAGGCCCCGGGUUGCGGGAAGAGGAGAAGAAGAUUCUGUUCCAAAGGUUCUCCCAAGCGUCACCACGCACACACGUGCAGUAUGGCGGCUCCGGGCUCGGGCUCUUCAUCUCUCGCAUGCUCACCGAGCUGCAAGGCGGCCAGAUUGGUGUGGUUUCAAAAGAGGGUCUCGGUAGCACCUUUUCAUUCUUCAUCAAGUGUCGCAAAACAGCCAUGCCCGCGGAGGAGUCGAGCGUGGCGGCGAAUCGCGUAGCCCGGCCAGGCAGGGUCUCGACGCCCACGACCCCUCCACCGCCGACAAAAAUGAUCCGCCGUCCGUCUCACCGUCCGGCAGCGGACGCUUCGCAAUCGCCGGGCCCAACACCCUCUAAGACAGGCCAUGAUGUGCUCAUCGUCGAAGACAACAUUGUCAACCAAAAGGUCUUACAACGGCAGCUGAAGAAUUGCGGCAACGUCACGCAUGUGGCCAACCACGGCGGUGAAGCUCUGGACGCCUUGAAAAAGUGCCGCUUCUGGACAGGCAAGGAGAGCGAGGGCUACCAUCUGAGCGUCAUCCUGAUGGACCUCGAAAUGCCCGUCAUGGACGGCAUGACGUGUGCCAGGCGGAUCCGUGAGCUGGAGCGAGAAGGCGUGCUCAUCGACCACAUCCCCAUUAUUGCUGUGACGGCAUACGCUCGGCCUGAGCAGAUCGAGGAUGCAAAGGCUGCGGGCAUUGACGAUGUGAUAUCAAAACCGUUCAGGAUACCGGACCUGACGGCCAAGAUGAACGAGCUUGUUUCCAAGUACAGCAAGCUAACCGUGAACAACUGA